CUAUGAUAACAUAAUACCUACCACAAGAAGCCAACAGCUGCCUCUAUUAUCGGCGGAGUAUGUUAGUAGUGUCUGAUACGAGCUGCAAACUUGGGGGUGAUUUCAAGAUACGAUUGAUACAGGCCAAUAACUUCACCGAAAGCAGUUCACCAAGCACUUCAGCUGUAGGCGUUAAAGAAGAAUCUGAAGGAACGAAACAGGUAAAAUGUUAUAACCACAAAUUAAUAAAUAGGUCAUGUAUUAUAUAUUUUUUAGAGUGA